AUGGAACCAAUGACAUCCACACAAAAUGUGAAUGGCUAUCAAACUGUUUGUGAUUUCAAUCGAAAUCUCUUUCUGGAAGCUUUGGACUCAUACCAUGGAGCGAAGGUGAUCGUUUGGGAGCAGACUCUUAUGACUCCGUUCAGUAUGGUGAUCGGUGCAAGUAAACUGAAGCAACGCAAAGUGGUUGCGAUGUACGAUUUGAACGAUUGUGGUGCUGUUUCGUCGAUUGAACAUAAUCAUGUUAUUUAUAUUAUCUCUGCCACCUUUAUUGCUCUCAAAAAAUUAAUCGCUCAUCUACAUUCUAUUUUAGCGCUUCACUUUCAGUUAGAAGAUACGCGUUUGCAUCAUGUUUUGUUUGUGCCCGAUGCAACGUUGGCAUUGCGUGAUCGUUUAGAGGAACACCGUGAAAUCAAUUCGAUGCUCGCGUCGGUUGAACCGUUACCGAUUCGAAUCUAUACACUUUACGAUGAUGUUUUCACACUUCUUAUGGAACACACUCCAGCAAAAUUGUUGAUCAAUAAUGAUUGGACAGAACUGCAUAAAUGUGCGUGUGCAUUGAGACAGUUGGAGCAGUUAUCCGUAUCGUUGCCCAAUAUUCGUUGCAAAGGGAAAUGGUCAGCUCAGAUCACUGAAAUAAUCAACAAAAUGAGAAAUGAUGCGAAUGAAAAUGAGGACGCAUCGAAGAACGAUCCAAAGCGGAUAAAUAUCUCAGAUAUUAUAAUCAUUGACCGAUGGGUUGAUCCAUUAACACCGAUGCUAAUGCAACAUACGUACGCGGAAAAUUGUUGUAACUUUCCGUUUGUAGGCAACCUAACAGCAUCAUUCUUUCCGAAAAAGGACGGUUCAGAAGGAGAUGCUGCUUCUACGACGCGUUCGCUGCGAGACGAAAUCUUCGUGAAAUUACGUGAUUUACAUAUAAGUAAUAUUGGGAAAUCAAUUGCUGAUACAGUGACCGAAAUUCGAACGGAGAAAAGUGUUCGUUUUCAGUUGGCAUUGAAAGAGUUUUCAUCGAUAGAGUCGAUGACCGAACGUAAAGUUCUUGUUCGAAAGGUUGUUGAAACAGAUCAAAAAGAGUUCAAUGCAUUGAAAGAGUUUUCAUCGAUAGAGUCGAUGACCGAACGUAAAGUUCUUGUUCGAAAGGUUGUUGAAACGGAUCAAAAAGAGUUCAAUGUGCGCAUUCAUACAGCUAUUGCUGAACACCUUAUGAACACUAUCCGAGACGAUCCAAAAAUGUCGAAAUUUUUGGAGAUUGAAAUGAAUAUAAUACGUGGUGUUUAUGGUGAACGAGUGAUACCGUUCGUGGAAGAUCUGAUUUUGUGUGCGUUUCAAGCGAGUUGUGUAUUGCGAUUUAUUGCGUUACAGUGUCUUACGUAUGGUGGUCUGAAACCAAAUACUUACACUGCUUACUUACGACUUUUUGUUCAGGUAUAUUUAGAGUUCAUUACGUGA